AUGGCGGCUGCUUUUGAAUUGAAAGACAAACCAUCCGCUGUAGAAAUGCAGAGCGAGAAGCACAGAGAAAGUAAACAGAGCAAGGGGGAAAUGGUGGGCUGGCCGCGCCUGCAAGCCCGGGGAAGCCGCGCUGUAGCAGCAGCAGCAGCAGCAGCAAGCAAGCAAGCAAGCAUGGCCCGCCUGCCCGCCGCCUGCCUCCUGCUCGCGCUCUCCGCUGGCUCCGCGGCCGCGCUGUGGCCGCAGCCCCAGUACGCGAGGCCGGGAGGCGGCGGCUGCCGCUUGAGCGCCGCGCGCUUCCGCUUCGCCUACGCCGACCGCUCGGCGGCCGCGCCCGGCUGCGCGGUGCUGGACCAGGCGUUCCGGCGCUACUGGGGGCUGCUCUUCCCCGCCGGCCGCAGGGGUGCAGGGAAAGACCACUCUGAGGAUUCUUUAUGCACCGUGCUGUACGUCAACGUCACCAGGCCUGGGUGCGACGGCUUCCCUUCGCUGGACUCCCCCGAGAAUUACCGGCUGACUGUGUCGGAGGAGCUGAUGCUUCUGACAGCACGGACCGUCUGGGGAGCUCUCCGAGGGUUGGAGACCUUCAGCCAGCUUGCCUGGAGGGACGAUGACGGGACGUUCUACGUGAACAAAACCGACGUGGUCGACUUCCCCCGCUUUCCUCACCGGGGCCUGCUGCUUGACACGUCUCGUCACUACCUGCCUUUGAAAGCCAUUCUGCAGACGCUGGAUGCCAUGGCCUACACCAAACUCAACGUGUUUCACUGGCACAUUGUGGACGAUCCGUCCUUCCCUUACCAAAGUGCAGUGUUCCCAGAUCUCAGCCAGAAGGGGGCCUACAACCCUUUCACCCACGUGUACACUGCCAGCGAUGUCAAGAUGGUGAUUGAGUACGCCCGGCUGCGCGGGAUCAGGGUGAUUCCAGAGUUCGACACUCCCGGCCACACCCUCUCCUGGGGGCCAGGUGUCCCCGGGUUGUUGACUCCCUGCUACGCAGGCUCGAAGCCCUCUGGAUCGUACGGGCCGGUCAAUCCCAUCCUCAACACCACCUACCAGUUCAUGUCGGAGUUCUUUGCAGAAGUUAGUGCCGUGUUCCCAGACUUCUACAUUCACCUGGGCGGAGAUGAGGUUGACUUCACUUGCUGGAAGUCCAAUCCCAAGAUCCAGGCGUUCAUGCAGAAGAUGGGGUUCGGCCAGGACUAUUCUAAGCUGGAAUCCUUUUACAUCCAGAGGCUGUUGGAUAUAGUCUCGUCAUAUGGGAAAGGCUACGUGGUGUGGCAGGAAGUGUUUGAUAACGCAGUGAAGGUGAAGCCAGACACCAUCAUACACGUGUGGAAGCAGAACUCCGGGCAGUACCCGAACGAGACGGCGCGAGUCACCAAAGCCGGCUACCGGGCCGUGUUGUCUGCCCCAUGGUAUCUCAACUAUAUCUCCUAUGGGCAGGACUGGCUAGAAAUUUACGAGGUGGAACCGCUGGCGUUCGAAGGCAGUUCGAAGCAGAAAGAUCUGGUGAUUGGUGGCGAGGCUUGUAUGUGGGGUGAAUAUGUGGAUGUCACGAACUUGAGCCCAAGACUUUGGCCCAGAGCCGGCGCUGUAGCAGAGCGGUUAUGGAGCAGCAAGGACGUCCGAAAUAGGCAAGAUGCUUAUUCAAGGCUGGUGGACUUCCGGUGUAUGCUGCUGAGGCGAGGGAUCCGGGCAGAGCCCCUCUUCACGGGAUAUUGUGAACAUGAAUACGGUGGCGUUUGA